CAUGUUUUUAAUGCCAUCCUCUUUGUCUUUAUUCACUUUGUUUUCUUUCCCUUUUAAAAGCCCUUCUCUCUCUCUCCUUCUCUAUCUCACACUCACAAAAGUGUCUCCCUUAUUUUCAGGCACUUAGAAAAAAUUAAAAUCAAAAAGCCAUUUUUAAGUCUAAAAGACAGUCUCUUCCCACCAGAAGCAACUUAACUCAUGUCUUCUUCUUCCUCGUUACUUCUUGUUUCUCUCCUCUCCCUCUUCCUCAACUCCUCACUCGCAGACAAUGAUCGUUACAACACCACGGCGGUCGUGAUAAUGAACCCAACAACACCACCGCCUCUUCCGCCGCCUUCUCCACUUCAACGACAUAACGUCACUUCCUCUUUCAUGCCCGGAAUCGCCGUGGUCAUCGCUGUCCUCACGGUCGUAUUCUCCCUCACCUUCUUGCUCCUCCUCUACGUCAAACACUGCAAACGACGCAACGGUUACGUCAACGAUACGCAGCGUUUCGCAACGUCUAGAUACUACGGAGGAGGAGGAUACGGUGGAGGCGGAGUUGGAAGAAAAAACUCCGGUAUAGACCGGUCUGUGAUCGAAUCUUUACCGGUUUUCCGGUUUGGUGCACUGAGCGGUCACAAGGAAGGGCUAGAGUGCGCCGUGUGCUUGGCCCGGUUCGAACCGACGGAAGUCUUGAGGCUACUGCCGAAAUGCAAACACGCUUUCCACGUAGAGUGCGUUGACACGUGGCUAGACGCGCACUCCACUUGCCCGCUUUGCCGUUACCGGGUCGACCCGGAAGAUAUCCUCUUGAUCAGUGAUUGCAACUCCUGGUUCGAGCUCCGUUUAUCUAAUAACCGUCGAGAAGAAUCUAAUAAUAAUAAUAAUACCGGUUCGACCCGGUUCGAUUUCGUGAGUCGUAUCUCCGGUCGGCAUUCAUCUGCCGGAGAACGAGCGAGUCGACUCAACGACGUUAGAAAGUUGUCUUCGUUUAGGAGAUCGCUCGAUAGCUCUCUGAGGAUCAACGACGGCGAGGAGGAGAAAACGGACUCCGUCGCCGUCGCCGUCGGGUGUUUCGAUCGGAAUCAACAGAGGAAAGACGGAUUGUUGCUUAAUUCGAACCGGGAAAGCUUCGAGGCGAGGUUCGAGCACCGGAUAAUAAUCUCCGGCGGGAAUCGAGAUCAGAGAUGGAGCGAGGUGAGGCCGGCUGAUCUUCUCUACCUCCGAUCGGAGAUGAUUCUGAGUGAUUGCCGGAAGCUAGCUGCGGCGGAGGAUGGCAGAGAGGUCAUUGGUGGGAGAAGUGUGUCGGAGUUAACGAGCAUUGAUAGACGGAGGAGAUGGGGAGGAGAGCCGAGACAACGACAAGCCACGGCGGUGAUCUCGAGAUGGCUCGCUUGGUCCCACCGUCCCUCCGCUUCCAGCGCUGUUUAAAAUACUAUAUUUUUUAGGUCCUUUUAGUUUUGCUUUAUAGCAUUUUUGGCCGGAUUAGUUUUGUUUGUUAACAUUUUGGCCUAUGAUUAAUUUACUCUUUAGCUAUAGAGAAGAGACGAGGCAAGCCAACAAUGGUUCAGGUAGGGCGAAAUUAAAAAAAAUAUCCUGAUUUUUGGAGUUAAGUAUUAUAGAUGCACGAGUGCAAGCAAACACAAAACCUUUUUUUUUUUGGUAUUUUUAAUUUUGUGGAAAAUUAUAAGGAAAGGGAAAGGUUUGAGUUUUAAAUUAAUGUCUUGGUGUAAUAAAUGGCGAGUAUUGGGGAUCUGAUAGCUGAGUUUAUUUAAUUUACAUAAGUGUCUCUUAUUGUCUUUUUAGACAUUGAAAGUCCUGAAACAUUAUGUGUUUGCAAAACAUUUUAUUAAUGAGUUCAUUACUGUUAAA